UCAUUCGUUAACUAGUUCUGGUCGCCGUAUAUUGAUCCUCAAAUUCGAGCUCAGCUGGUGUUCCAAGGAAAAGAGUCUGACUAAUUGUUGCUACUAGUUCCAGCUAGAGAUGAGAGCAGAUUAUCACUUUGACACUGAAGUUUGCAUCACAAUCCACGUUCGCUUCAGCUUUGCUUAAAUCAUCACUAUGGACAGGGUAGCCUUAUCAGGUGGUGAUUUGAUGGUGUCGCCAAUAUGCGUUGGUGCGUGGCAGUUCAACGGUGGCAAAGCAGAUGAGACCUGGCCAGCUCAGGAUGAAACUGUUUCCAAGGCAAUAGUGGACAAAGCUCUUGAGCUUGGUGUUAACUUCUUUGACACUGCUGAGGCUUAUGGUGAUCACAAUUCAGAGAGAGUUCUCUCCCGAUGUCUUGCUGGACGAAGACAAGAUGUCAUCAUUGCUUCCAAGUUUGGACGUCAUGUAAGGGGCAGUGUUAAAGAAUACACUGCCAUUGAUAUUGAACAGGCCCUCACUGCUAGUCUCCAGGCAUUGCAGACAGACUACAUAGAUAUUUAUCAGGUUCAUUGGUCAGUGAAUAUGAAGGAUACCACUGAAACCGUAGCUGAGUUGGACCGGCAGAAGUCACUGGGUCGUAUCAGGCAUUAUGGCAUCUGUAACUUUGGCUCGUCAAGCAUUGAUAAGUUCUUGACAGCUGGUGGAAGGCCAUGUUCUUUGCAGGUCCCCUAUAACUUACUGUGGCGAGCUGUCGAGUUCAACAUCCUGCAAACCAGCCACCAGCAUGGUCUGUCAGUCCUUGCUUACUCUCCUCUCCAACAAGGUCUAUUGACAGGCAGGUUCCAUAAUGCCUCAGAGGUACCAGAGGGGCGAAGGAGGACACGUCAUUUCAGCAAGGAUAGCACCAACCUGUCAAGACAUGAACAGAAAGGUGCAGAGGCUGAGACUUUUAAGGCCAUAAGUGACAUUCGCAAUUUGUGUGACAAGGAGAACAUUCCCAUGUCAUCAGCCGCCCUGUCCUGGAUCUUAGCACAAGAGGGCGUUGCAUCAGUUAUCGUUGGCUGUAGGACUCCACAACAGCUAGAGGACAAUUGCAAACUCGUCAACCUGUCACAGAAUGUGGUGAAGAGACUCUCGGAUUGUACAAGUGCCUUGAAAGAAAUACUUGGUGACAACCCGGACAUGUGGGCCAAAAACUCCAGAUAUAAAUAAAAUUUAUUAAUGGAUAUUCCAGUCAGUUUGAACAAGCAUCCAUGUCAUUGCCUCCCUACAAUGUUAUUUAAUAAGUUCCCUUUACUCCUGUGCCCGGUUUUAGAGGUCCAUUCCUACAUAUGUGUCUUCAUUUUGAGUAAUUGAGCAGAAAUUAUAACUCAAACUUAAAGAAUGUUUAGUAAAGAUAAGUGCCUUUUAUUUGAAUAUAUACGAUUUGUUAAUUACUUUCAUUAUGAUACAUAUGGCCAUGAAUUUGCAUGGUGACUGGUCUUAAAAUGGAAAAAUAUACAAAUACAUGUAGUAAGAAAUUACUAUUGGAUUGAUCUUCCAAACAACAGAGCCUUUUUCUUUAAAAUUACCUGUAUUUUAUUCAAUGCCCAAGGAAAACCACUUGUUUUCACAUUUUAGAGAACCUUUUAGUAUUUCCCAUCAUGAGCACACAUUCAAAUGUUUUAAAACUGAUUUUUUGUAACUUUUGAAGACAAUUAUCUAAAAAUGAAAUAACAAACAAA